UCGGACUACUUAUUUUUGGGCCGGAAAGUGCCCAGGUUGCAGGUCAACCCCCCGCGGCUCAUUGUUGUUCGCUUGAGCGGCGUGCUACAAGUUACUCUGUGUCCCUGGCCCCGCCUCGGUACACCGACUGCAUUCACUGUGUGACGCCCAUACCCGCCGGCUCGGGUUAUCCCUUACGUCCCCUGCAGGUCAGGCCUUUCACCUUCUCAUCAUGACAAACGCCGGUAUUGACAACGUCCACUACUCCACCUUAUCAUCUCCCACAACCUCCGAAGCGACCAGUAACGGCAACUUCUCACCGCCGACUCCGGCACUUGAUAGUCACCACCACGUCCUUCCUCAUGGCAUGGCCACUUCCAACCCAAAGGCCACCGUUGGAGACUCGAUCUUGAGACAGUAUGCCCACGAUUUAGGCUCACUUCACGCUGAUGACGAAACGCAUGCCGUACAUGACUUUUGUGCACAAGACACCAAGGCUGUCGACCAGACAGCCUUGAACACUGCGCUCAACACCGCGAAGAUUCCUGUCAUCGAGUCCAUACGGUCCUCCUAUUUCGCUCAUCAUCCCACCGUCCCUGUCCCGAAACCUCUAUCACUGCCGAAACCCUUACUUGCGCACCGAAAGAACGCAAAAUCUAUAGACCUCCCCAAACAAACAAUUAUGAAGGCACUUGCAUCAAGAAGGCCCAGUGCAGGCCCUACCACAGCUCCUCUGACUGCUGGUGCGUUCAAAAAUGCCGGAAGUGAUGCAGACGUGGAACAACCAAACAACUCUUCGACAUCAUCAUGUUUCACGGCCACACUACCUGCUCUGCAGCCGAGUGGUCUUUCUGCGGCCUCUCCGACUUCGACAAGUUUCCUUCGCUCUCCCUGCUUCUUCCAUCAGCGAUUCGAGGGACUUGUGGAUGUUCAGAAAGUGCUGGACGAAAUUGCCGAAGAUGACUACUCGCAUUCGAGAUUGAUGCAGACCGCAAUAGGAGUGCGGGAGGUCUCGAAACAGCUGCAAAGAAAGCCUCUCAAGCGAGCUGUGCGAAAUGUGAUGAUUGUCACCAAGGCUCGCGACAAUUCUCUGGUGCAUCUCACACGCGAUCUCGCUGAUUGGCUGCUGUCCACACCUAGGUACGGCAGCGAUCUUGGUGUUAAUGUAUAUGUCGACGCCAAACUCCGUCACUCGAAACGAUUUGAUGCCGCUGGUCUGCUCAGAAAGCAACCCAGAUUCGAGAACAUGCUGAAGUAUUGGACUCCCGACUUGUGCUGGUCAUCGCCGGAGAGUUUUGAUCUUGUUCUUACGAUGGGAGGUGACGGAACAGUCUUGUUUACGUCGUGGCUAUUUCAACGGGUCGUCCCGCCGGUGCUGUCUUUUUCACUGGGCAGCUUGGGGUUCUUGACCAACUUCGAAUUCGAGAAGUACAAGGAACAUCUCGAUCGGAUAAUGGGGGACGUCGGCAUGCGGGUCAAUCUCCGAAUGCGAUUUACUUGCACAGUGUGGCGAGCCGACCGCUCUCCUGGAGCUGAAAAAGGUGCAGCCGAGGAGGGCGAGCAGUUUGAGGUGCUUAACGAGCUCGUUAUUGACCGUGGUCCCUCUGCAUAUGUUUCCAACCUGGAGCUGUAUGGUGACGACGAGCUGCUCACCAUCGUGCAGGCGGACGGGUGUAUCUUUUCAACGCCCACAGGGUCUACGGCUUACUCUUUGUCGGCAGGAGGUUCUCUGAUACACCCAUCCAUUCCUGCCAUUCUUUUGACGCCAAUUUGUCCCCACACGCUCUCUUUCCGUCCGAUGGUCCUUUCGGAUACGCUCUUGCUGCGGAUAGCAGUACCUAACAAGUCCCGAUCAUCAGCAUAUUGCUCUUUCGAUGGCAAAGGGCGUGUAGAGCUCAAGCGCGGAGAUUACGUGACCUUGGAAGCAUCACAGUAUCCCUUUCCCACUGUCAUGACAGGUACGAAUGAAUGGGUUGAAAGCGUACAGAAGGCUUUGAGGUGGAAUGUGAGGGGUGCUGUCCAAAAGGGUUGGGACGAUGGUGACGAAGAGGGCAAAGAUCAGGCGGAGGAGAAGUGGGAUAUCGACAUCGAUUCCAGUCCUUGUGGUGGUACUGACAGUGGUAUCGGCCCUAGUGAGGACGGGGACCAUGUUGCCAGUCCCACAAGAGGACAGCUGAGUCUGCUGAAUCUGUGAACCAUGGGCUCCAGGAUCUAGUCGUCGUGACGAGAUGUCAUGAUACGAGGCUUCAAGAGAGCUAUUAAACACAACAAUACAUCCCCUUUGUCGCAGGACAACGUUGGCGGCCGCUGUAACAGACGCUCAUUGGGACGAUUAUACCGCUCACCAGUGUGAAAAUCUCAACAAUCAACACAGCUCAUUUGCAGGUAGCGC